CGAUCGUGCAGUGUGUAGCGGUCGCGUUCUAGCAUAGCAUCACGGUUCCUGUCCCCUGUUCUGGACCUGACUGCAAUCGAUGAUUGAUCUGCACUGUAGCCAUAGUUGGGUAUCGCGUGAUGCCAGUAAGCCAACGGUGUCGGCGAAUAUCGUUGGUGGGUACUACGUGAACUGUGCUAGGCAGAAGGUGCCAACGGUGCCUCACAUUCAAAAGUGCGUUAUUCGGAAGCAGUGUUAAACGAUCUCAAUUAGGCGUUCAGUGUACGGUCAGGUUGUUCAGGGCGUCCGAAGUUCCGUGAUGAUUAAUAGCGAACAGUAAUUGUGUUAAGUUAUACAGCGAUAUGCAUUAAGUAGCGUCACAGGUGUAUUCCGAACCGUGUUCUAUAGUUGUUCGUCCAAAUAUCAGCCACAGCAUCACAUCAGCAGUCGAAACAAUUGCAGCACUUGUUUGCACGUUCCCACGUGAGCACAGUCUAUUUAAAACAUUCGACUACGAUCAUCCACCGGCUCAGUCAGUAGCAGGUGUUGAAAGCGGCACACAGCGAUCGUGCUCAACAUUUUAUUAGUGAGCAUUGGAAAAAGUGUUACAAAUACAGCAUGUUGUCCAAAGGCCAAACGCUGUUACUGGUAGUGUUUGCCGUUGCAGUUUUCGGCACCGUUUCGGUGGAGGGUGCCGCACUGAACCGGACACCUCGUCAGCUGAGCAGUUUACUCACACUUAGUGGCGAAUCAAAUGCUAGAAUAGAAAAUGGUACCAUCCUGUGUGACACGCUCAAGUGCCCACCGGAAUCGUUCAAGUGUGUGAUCGUCAAAAACUCCACCAAGGACGAUGUGAACAAGAUUCAAGUGACACGCGAGUGCCUUGAUCCGGCGGGCAAGGCGACGGCCAAGAAUGUCACCACCGAGACGUCCAGCUUCCCGGGUCAGCAGUUCGAAAGCUACGCCGAAAUCGAUAAGAAUGGCAACAUUGCAUCCUUCGACAAUCGCGGCAACACGUACAAUCACUCGGGCUCCGGUGACAUUCACUCCUAUCUGUACGAGCAGAUAGAGGACUUGCACAAGGCGAUACUGGAUCAGCUGACCAAUGCGGGCAAUCCCUUUACUGCGCAGUGAUUUGGAUUAGUUUUGUGUUAAAGCAUGGACGCCAGCCGAACAGAUUGGUCCAACAAUAAAAGUUGCUUUUUUUGUUUUGCUACUCUA